ACACUUUGCAAAAAUGGAUUCAGUGAGUUUCAAAGUCUUGGUUUUUGGAUUGGUUCUUGUGAACGUAGCAGUGUUGUGUAAUGGAGGAUCAACAAGCACCUUCGUUAGGAAAGAAGAGAAGACUGUAGAUAUGCUAUUUGACAGUGAUGUCUUUGCUAUUCCUCCUGGUUACAAUGCUCCUCAGCAGGUUCACAUAACACAAGGUGAUCACGAGGGGAAAGCAAUAAUUGUGUCGUGGGUGACGAUGGAUGAACCAGGCUCCAGCGAAGUGCGAUAUUGGAGCGAGAACAGCAAGCAAAAGAAGCUAAUUGCUAAGGGAAGACAUGUUACUUAUAGAUACUUCAAUUACUCAUCUGGUUUUAUUCAUCAUUGCACCAUCAGAAAUUUGGAGUACAACACCAAAUACUACUAUGAAGUUGGAAUCGCGAACACAACGAGGCAAUUUUGGUUUGUUACUCCUCCACAAGUUGGUCCUGAUGUGCCAUACACUUUUGGUGUCAUUGGUGAUCUUGGUCAAACAUAUGAUUCAAAUAAAACUCUUUCUCACUAUGAAAUGAACCCAAGAAAAGGACAAGCUUUGAUGUUUAUUGGAGACCUAUCUUAUGCAGAUGAUCACCCUUAUCAUGAUAAUGUUAAGUGGGAUACUUGGGGAAGGUUUGUAGAAAGGAGUGUUGCUUAUCAACCAUGGAUUUGGGUUACAGGCAACCAUGAAAUUGAUUUUGCUCCAGAAAUUGGUGAAGGUGUACCUUUCAAGCCAUAUACACAUAGGUAUCAUGUUCCUUAUAGAGCGUCACAGAGUACAGCACCCUUUUGGUAUUCUAUCAAGAGAGCAUCAGCACAUAUUAUUGUAUUGGCCUCAUAUUCAGCUUAUGGGAAAUAUACACCACAAUACCAAUGGCUAAAACAAGAGCUACCAAAAGUUAAUAGGACAGAGACUCCAUGGUUGAUUGUUCUCUUGCAUUCACCUUGGUAUAACAGCUACGAUUACCACUACAUGGAAGGUGAAUCAAUGAGAGUAAUGUUUGAGUCCUGGUUUGUGAAGCACAAGGUUGAUGUCGUGUUCGCCGGCCAUGUUCAUGGCUAUGAACGAUCUGAACGUGUGUCCAAUAUUGCAUACAACAUUACAAACGGGCGAUGCAAUCCUGUGAAAGAUAACUCAGCUCCAGUGUAUAUAACCAUUGGUGAUGGAGGAAACAUUGAAGGCUUGGCAAACAAGAUGAUAGAACCACAGCCAGAUUACUCAGCAUAUAGAGAAGCAAGCUUUGGACAUGCCAUGUUUGAUAUCAAGAAUAGAACUCAUGCUUACUAUAGCUGGCAUAGGAAUCAGGAUGGAUAUGCUGUGAAAGCUGAUUCCAUGUGGUUUUUUAAUAGAUAUUGGUACCCGGUUGAUGAUUCCACAACUCAUUAAGUCACGGAUAGAAGUGAUUUGAGUUAUAGGUGAUUGGUCAGAAUAAUUUUAUUAUAUUAUGAAGUAAUGUCGGUAAUUUCAUGAUUAUUGAUUUAGUUGGUGAGUGCAUGAUAUAAAUAAUUAAA